AUGGGUUUCACCAAGCUCUUCCUCUUCUUCUUCCUCCUGGUCGUAAACCCAUCUCUACCUCACGCUGCCGACAAUGUCAGUGUCACUCUCUACUACGAGACUCUCUGUCCUUAUUGCGCCGAUUUCAUAGUCAACCAUUUGGCCAAGAUCUUCGACAACGGCCUCAUCUCCGUCGUCAAUCUCAGAAUGGUCCCUUGGGGCAACGCUUGGCUCAAUUCCGAUGGCUCCUUCGCCUGCCAGCAUGGAACAGAUGAAUGCUUGAUCAACACAAUUGAGGCCUGCACCAUCACCAUCUAUCCUAAUGUGAAACGGCAUUUCAGAUUCAUCCACUGCGUCGAGCAGCUCACAUUUCAGAACAAGCACACUAAAUGGGCCGAUUGCUUUGAAUUGUCGAAGUUGGGGACAUUCCCUAUCGAUUGCUACAACAGUGGAUAUGGAAAUAAGAUCGAAACAAAAUAUGCAAAACAAACUGCUCAGCUUAAUCCACCACAUAGAUUUGUGCCAUGGCUGGUUGUCAAUAAUAAACCACUUGCAGAGGACUAUGAAAAUUUUAUGGCCUACAUUUGUAAGGCAUACAAAGGAAAAUCUCCUGAAGCUUGCAGAUCGAUUCACUACAAAACUGAAUCAAUUGGGAAUGAAAAAUCGAUUCCUCGAGUUUGCCUAGCAGAACAAGGAAGAAACUCUACCACUUAAGCCCGAGAAGCAUACAAUGUGGCAAAAUGUUUACAUUGUCAUUAGAUAUGAUAA